GUGCUGGACAUGGCCCGCAACUCCUUCGACGACCGGUACCAGGGCUGCCGCCGCAUGAUGGAGGAGGAACUGGAGGAGCUCAACCGCACCGAGUUCAACAACAACAAGGUCUACGCUACGGCCUGGACCCUCGCCUCUGACACAUGGCGGAGCCAGCAGAGCCGCGUCCCGCAGCCGCCAGUGCUGCUGCCGCCGAACCAGGCGAUCGCCCUCCUGGCGUACACCAUGCAGGACCCCCUGUACCAGGCAUUCAACGCGGCCGUGCGCGAGGCCGGGCGCUCCCACAAGGAAUACCUGCACAACUUCCACUUCAAGGUGCUGCAUUUCCUCCUGAGCGAGGCUCUGCGUGCCCUGCGGGACGCCCAGCCCCACCGCUGCCACGACGUCUACCGGGGGGUCCAGGGCAUCCGCUUCGCCACCCAGCACCACCAAUCCAUCCGCUUCGGCCAGUUCACCUCCACCUCCCUCGAGAUCAAUACCAUGGAGCGCUUUGGCCAGGACACCAUCUUCUCGGUGCAGACUUGCUAUGGUGUCCCCAUCGGGCGCUUCUCCUUCUUCCCCGGGGAGGAGGAGGUCCUCAUCCCACCCUUCGAGGUGUUCGAGGUCACCAACGUCACCCGCAAAAGGGACAGCACCGUCAUCCAGCUCCGCGCCCAGGACACGCUCAGCACCUACAACUGCGAGUUCGUGAAAGAGAGGAGAUGCAAGAACCGGCCAUGCGUCUUCAGCGCAG